UCUGUGUCUUCGGUCAAUAUUAAUUGCCUGCGUACGGUAAAGACGGGCAAUACCAGUCUACAUGCUGUACGAAUCUACCGAAAGUGACACGGACGAAAGCAUACCAGAAAUCGACUUAACUAUUAAAAUGACUGUGCAGCCGUAUCAAUACGAGCCAGUUAAAAGACAAGAGACAGCAAGACAGCCACUGGAUGAUGAAAGUGACUCGGGGCAGUCGGCACAAGGCAGCGUCCAUAGCGACGAUGAACACCUACCUUCAGACAUGCAGAUCAUGCACUGGUGUUCCUGUAAAAACUGCAUUUCUAUGCCAACUGCAAGAGAAUGCAAAUGUUGCCACUUUUAUGCUGACAUUGAGUCAAGGAUUGAAGAGGGAUCCGGAGGAGGAACCUGCAUCACUGAACAUGAGGGUUUUGCUGCAAAUUGUCUCAACAGAUGGGUUUUAGAGACAUCCUUCUAUGAAUAUCUAGAAGAAAAUGGACAACUGGAAGAAAAUGAAUUAGUACACAAGUAG